UUCUCCCAGGAUAGUGGACUUUACCAGCAUCACGUACAGGCUUGUUUACGAUCGGGCGGAGCGCUUCGCGUUAGCGGGAACGUUAACGUUAGCCUCGGUAGCUAACAUAACAACGUUAGCGCGCAUGAGUAAGUGUCCUAACUGAGGAAGAUGUCAUUCAACUUUGGACAGCAAAGCAGUGGGGGUUUCACUUUUGGAGCCCCUAAAACUACCACCUCAGCUCCUGCUGCCGCGGGUUUUGGACUGCAGACCAGUACGCCUGCUGGAGGGGGCUUCACCUUUGGAGCCCCUAGUCAGCCUCAGCCUCAGCCUCAGCUUCAGCCUCAGCUUCAGCCUCAGCCUCAGCCUCAGGGCCCAGCUGGCACGUCCCAAAUAGCAGGACUGCUCGCACAGCCCACUACAAAUAAUGGAGGCUCACAAGGUGGAUUUUCCUUUGGCGCCACAUCACAAAGCAGCACUGGUGGUGGAGGAUUUUCUUUUGGAGCGUCUGCACCAAAACUAGGCUUCAGCCUGCCUGCGGCCUCGCAGCCUGCCAAUGCUGGAGUGGCCCUGGGGAGUCUAAUGCAGCCCUCUUCUAGUGCCACAGGUGGCUUCGCGCUCGGAAGCCUCCCGACCCAGACCCCGGCUUCAACCCAGCAGUCUACGGGUGGCUUCAGCUUUGGGAUGACCAAGAUUCAGGCCACUCCAGCUACCACAGCGCAGAUCACUCCUGCCUUGUCACUGGGUGGGCAAACUACAAGUCUCACACUGGGAAGUGCUGCACCCGCCUCCACUGGCACUGCUGCGGUGAUCAGCUUUGGGAUCAAACCUGCAGCCACCCCGGCUCCUGCUACUACCGUGGCUGCUAGCCUGGCCCCUGCAGGAUCCUCAUUGUUUGCCACCCCCAUUGCCUCAGCACCAGCCAUGGGCUUCACCUUGGGUGCACCAACAGCAUCAGCAGCCCCAGCAGCAACUUCUGCAGCUAGUGCUCCCGCAGGCUUGACCCUCAAACCAUUAGGAACAGCCCCCACCAGUGUUGCAGCAACAGUUGCUGCCGCCACCACAGCAGCUACUCCAGGCUUUUCACUGGGUCUGAAGCCUGCUGCCUCUGCUGUACCAGCCACCUCUACAGCCACCUCCACUGCUGUGGUCACAGCUAGUGCUGCACCAGUGAUGUCAUAUGCCCAGCUAGAGGCCCUGAUCAAUAAGUGGAGCUCUGAGUUGGAGGACCAGGAGAGACACUUCCUUCAGCAGGCCACCCAGGUCAAUGCCUGGGACCGGAUGUUGGUGGAGAACGGAGAAAAGAUUACAGCCCUUCACAAGGACAUGGAGAAAGUUAAACUGGACCAAAGAAGGCUGGAUCAGGAGUUGGACUUUAUCCUGUCCCAGCAGAAAGAGCUGGAGGAUCUUCUUGCUCCUUUGGAGGAAUCUGUGAAGGAGCAGAGUGGAACCAUUUAUAUGCAGAAUGCUGAUGAGGAGCGAGAGAGAACGUAUAAGUUGGCGGAAAAUGUUGAUGCUCAGCUGAAGAGAAUGUCCCAGGAUCUAAAGGAGAUCAUCGAGCACCUUAACACAUCCAAUGGGCCGGCAGACACAAGUGACCCGCUCCAGCAGAUCUGCAAGAUCCUCAAUGCGCACAUGGACUCCCUCCAGUGGGUUGAGCAAAACUCUGUUCUGCUCCAAAGGCGUGUGGAAGAGGUGUCCAAGUUGUGCGAGAGCCGAAGCAAAGAGCAAGAGAAGAGCUUCCGCCUGAACUUCCAGUGAUCCCACAGAAAAGUGCUGAUGUCGUGUAAAUGAGUUGUUUUUGUUGCAAUAAAGAGGUUUAGUUUUUACACCUAC